UUAAAGAUAAGGCGCGUGCUCCUGAAACAUUUAGUUUCCACAGCAACAGAGGAGGAGCUUGAACUUUCACCGGUGAAUGUGGCGGAUGUAGUAGACCAACAAGGAAGUUAGCUAGUUUGGGCUGGUACAGCUAGCUAGCAGGCUGUAAAAUAACGAAAUUAAGCUCAAAUAAAUCAUUUUCCAAUUGAUUAUUUGUGAAAUAUGUCCAACAACAAUCGAGUGGAUUUACAGGAUGGCAACAUGUUCCAAGUUUUGAGAAAAUGACGAGAUGACUUGCCUUACAGUGGCCUGGACAUUUGUGAUAUGUUAACGUUAAUCACAAAAGACAAGUGUGUAAGAUGGACUGAAGGAAUUAGUUAGCUGCAGACUUUUGAGAUGUUACUAGCUGUACAUGUAAAUAUAUGACCAAAAAGCACUGUAAGUUUAUCUACAUCUACAUAUCACUAGUCAACAUGGCCCUACAAAUGAGUUGUUAAUAUUUGCAUGCUCUGUCAUCACUUUUUAAGGUCAAUUCACCUGCACAUACAUUUGAAUGACUAACCACACAUAAACAGAGCUGAUCAUGUCACUAGCAAAGCAGGCACAAACGUGGUUCCCAACUCAUGUCCAAGCCACUGUUCUCCAAGCAACUGACCUACAAGCUAAGGGUAAGCAUGGCAACAACGACGCCUACGCUAUCAUCCAGCUGGGCAAAGAGAAGUACUCAACAUCUGUGGCAGAGAAAACACUCAACCCUGUGUGGAGAGAAGAAGCCGCCUUUGAACUGCCUGGUCUGCUUCUGGAGGGCAAUCCAGAAAUCUAUGAAUUAUGCCUUAUCGUGAUGCACAGGUCCCUGGUGGGGAUGGAUAAAUUCCUGGGCCAGAGUACCAUCAAUCUCAAUGAUAUUUUUGAUAACAAGGAGCGAAGGAAAACAGACUGGUACUCCUUGGACUCCAGGCCAGGGAAGAAGAGGAAGGAGAGAGGGAAGAUCCAGGUCAGCAUUCAGUUCAUGAGGAACAACAUGACGGCCAGCAUGUUUGACCUCUCCAUAAAGGACAAGCCCCGCUCGCCCUUCACCAAACUCAAGGACAAGAUGAAGGGGCGCAAGCACGACGGUGGUCUCUCCGACACCACCUCAGCCAUCCUGCCCCGCUCCGCCAUGUGUGACUCGGAGACCCUUCGCCAACCCAGUGCUUCUGACCAUCAGCCAGAGCCCAAGAUCAAGAGACACCUACUGGCCGGCUCCCAUACGCUCUCUGCAGCCCGCUCCAUGUCUGACCUCAUUGGCACUCACUUCCGCCCCAAGCUGGACUCUAGAAACUCCAUGGAACAGCUGGAGAAAGAGAGUGGUGCCGCCCCUCACAGGCGCUCCCAGGGCGAGGUGCCAGGCUACCAGGACAGCGAGGGGCAAGGUGAUCCUUUUACUCAUAUCAGCGACGGCUUGCCGCAGAAGUACGCCACCCUCCCACGCAACCGCAACCCGUUCGAGGGGGAGCAGGGCCAGCUGUGGGACCGAGGGGAGAAAAAGGAGAAGAAGGAGAAGGUCAGCCUGCUGGAACGUGUGACCGGGAAGAAGGAGGGACGCAAGACCAACAACGGGGGGCGUUCGGGCAGCUCUGGAGACCUGCGCUCCAGCAACCCAUUCAGCAGCGACUCUCAGGGAAACACCCAACCAACCAACCCCUUCCUCUCACACAAAAAUACAAGCGAUAAAAAUCCCACCACUAAUGGAGACAUCCGAAAGGCAAGAGAGAACCACGGAAAGAAAAAUGAGACGAUGCAGACGAGCGCGGCUUCCUAUAGCAACUUAUCUUUCGACGAGGUGGUGCAUGAGCUCAUCAAGCAGAAGGGGGUGGUGAAAAAUAAGGACGCCCAUAUCCGUGAACUGGAAGACUACAUUGAUAACCUGCUGGUGCGCGUUAUGGAGGAGACGCCGAGCAUCCUACGGACACCCUACGAGCCCAAGAGGAAAGCGGGUAAAAUCUCCAAAAAGAACUAGUGUCAAGCAGGACAUUGACCCAACACACUUCCAGGCUGUGUAAUGGCUAUUUCACCAAGGAGAGUGAUGGAGUGCUGCAUCAGAUGACCUGUCCUCCACAAUCACAUGACCUCAACCCAAUUGAGAUGGUUUGGGAUGAGUCGAACCGCAGAGUGAAGGAAAAGCAGCCAACAAGUGCUCAGUAUAUGUGGGAACUUCUUCAAGACUGUUGGAAAAGCAUUCCUCAUGAAUCAUGAAGCUGGUUGAGAGAAUACCAAGAGUGUGCAAAGAUGUCAUGGCUACUUUUAAGAAUCGGAAGUAUUUUCUUAUUUGUUAAUUAAACACUUUUUCUUUGGUUACUACAUGAUUCCAAAUGUGUUAUUUCAUAGUUUAUGUCUCUAUUGUUCUACAAUGUAAAAAUAAAGGAAAAACCCUUGAAUAAGUGGGUGUGCAAACUUUUGACUGGUACUGUAUGUGUUAAGCAUAAAGUCUCCCGCUGUGUAUGGUGUCAUAUUUCUGAGUCUACCAUUAAUGAGUGCUACUGAACUUUCUUAAAACAGUGCUUUGUGAAAAAGGUUACUUUACGUAGUUAUUACUUAGUUAUUACUGUCAGUAAGUCAAACGUAUUACUGUGUUACCAAAACGUUUUCCCUCUCUUGAGUUUACUUGCUUUCAUGGAGCCAAUGUCAGUGAUGACAAACAUGUCUCACCUAAUUAGCAGAAAGGUUAUAUUCGUCACUUUUUUUUUUUUUUUUUGUACACUGUUGUGCCAUCUAUAGUGUUCAAUGAUGUUUCAGAUGAAUAGGAUUGUUACUCAAAGUUGUGCACUUACUAAGUGUAUGGUGACCCCUGUUGUGAACUAUGGAUACCUCAGAAGUCUCAACCAGUGACGACACUGAGAUGAAGGCACACACAUUUUAAACCAACUUUGUUGCUUCUUCCAGUCUUUUGUUUACUUAAAAAAACAAUGGUCCAUUUUUACAUUCUAUAUUGUAUAUUUGUAUGGGUAAAGUAGGGUGAAAUAUGGUGUAGUAACUGAAUGACCACAUAUCAAGUCAGGAUACAGUCCGAUUUCCUGUUUGGAUGAUACAAUCUACAUUCUACAAUCUACAUAUCACGUUGCUGUUUUUUUUUAAUAUAUAUAUUUUUUUUUAGUAACAAACACCGUUUACUGCAAAUCCUCCCAAUCACAAUUAACUAGGAUAUAGAGAAUUCAAUGGUAUUCCAUAAAAUGCUAUAGCUGCUUUUAGUAAAGCUUGUCCUAGCGAACAUCAAUGAGACACACUUUUUUUUUUUUUGUGCCUAUUGUGUACAAAUUGUUAACCUCGAUUACAUUUUAGGUUUUUUUUGUUAGAAAAAAAUUGUAUUUAUUCUUGUUGAUCUUUACCUGAAUCGUCCUACAUCGAAUGUCAUGUAGGCGCCAAAUUGUGCUUUCAUUCAUUAUACUGAUAGAAUUAGGAUAUUAUUAUUGCUGCUUUUCAUCUUUUUAAAAUAUCAGGUUUAUCCAGACAAAAUACUCAACUAAUGUUUUUACUAUAAUCCCCCCCCAAAAAAAAUUACAGGGAACUUUUACAUUUUAUGUCCAUGCCUUCGUUGUGUCACUAUUACAGCUAAUAUUCGGACACUUUCUCCAUGAGUUACUUCCAUAGCACAACAUUGGUGUACUUUUACUUUGUCAAUCCGUAUCACACUGCAGUUAGCUUUCAUAUCAAAUUGCAUGUCAAAUCAUCUUUGCUUGAUGCAAUUUGGACACGUUCUGUUUAGAGAGCCAUCACCACAGUGGCUCAUAUUAUAGCACAUUCUGAGGACGAAAAUAACAGUAUUUGAUCAAAGUCCAGAUUGAUUGUACAAUAAUACAGGCGGGAAUGUCUCCAAAUGCCUAUUCUUUGUAUGGUGGUGGUGUCACUAUACUUUCCCCUAUCUGUUUUUCCCUUAACCUUCGCUGCUGUUAACUUGCGCCCACCUUAGUUUUCACAAGACUAGCAUUUUUUUUUUUUAUAUACUUUAUUCAAAGUUUUAGGUGUCAGGAUGGGUGGGCAUAUGGGUUUGAUGUAAAGAUUGGAUUGAUUAGAAAACUGUUUGAUUGUGAUACUGAGAACAUAUGAAUAUGGUGUGUAUGUUGGUAUACAAGGUAUUAUUUUGGGAACAACAAUGCAGAUGAUGUAAAAAGCAAAGAAUGGCACUGCUUGAUAUGCAUUCGGUGUAUGUAUUUAUUGUCCACCUCUCUCACACACACACUGUCUCCCCAAAAGCGUAUUAUUUUGGCAUGUGGCAUGGAUUUACUUACAUUAAGGUCUCGGAGUGGAAAUGUGUUAGGAAAUGCCAGUGAUCCAUUGGAUAACAAAAUUGGAAGGCACAAACCAGAAUGUAUUGCUCUUUUGAAAUAAAUACACUGUACUUAUUAAAUAAAAUACCUGUUUUGGUUUUAAUGGA